UACGUCAUCCAGUGCGCUUGCAGUGUUUCCGUCUCCUGUCUCGCAGCUCUGUUGCAGCACUUGUUUCAUUCACUUGGUUUGAUUCCAUAUUCCAUAUAGUAAAAUGUCUGCAUUGAUCAGGAGGAUCAUCAGUACCACUAAAGCUCCCGCUGCUAUCGGCCCGUACAGCCAAGCAGUAGUGGUAGAUCGGACCAUGUACAUCUCAGGACAGCUGGGGAUGGAUCCUGCCAGUGGACAGUUGGUGGAAGGAGGUGUUCAGGCUCAAACCAGACAGGCUCUUGUGAAUAUGGGUGAAAUCCUUAAAGCUGCCGGGUGUGGUUAUGAGAACGUUGUCAAAACCACAGUGCUCUUAGCCGACAUGAAUGACUUUACUAGUGUCAAUGAUGUGUACAAGCAGUUCUUCAGCACUAACUACCCAGCCAGAGCUGCCUACCAGGUUGCUGCUCUUCCCAGGGGUGGACUGGUUGAGAUUGAAGCAGUGGCUGUACUGGGCCCUCUGACCAAUGCUUCCUAACAAGUUUAACUCUCAAACAAUAAAAACUGGAAAACUCCCAAUCACUGACAAAUGUACAGUAUGUGCCUUUUCUUGUCAAUCAGCCAAGAUUUGUUAAAACAAUAUUCCAGUGUAGCAUCCUUUCUAUUACAGAUGUAUCAUAUUUUGUUGUCCAUUAAGUGAUUUAGCGCUAUCAUGAACAUGUUGUGGGUCAUCUGGCAGACUAACAGCAGUCAGGCUCAGUGCACUUUCUCCCCUCUCAUUAACAUUGAUGAGAAGUGUUUGAAGCCAACGCUGCAUUUUAAAUCCCCUCUGCUCACAUUUCACUUACAAUAGCUGUAAAGUAUCUAAGCUUGUUUGCUCUUACUGAAUUACACUACCAGCCACGUUGUCACCAGCCAUACAGUGUAUCUCUCGCCAGAUGAUGGAUGAUGAAGUAUAACUCAAUAAUAAAUGUUUUUAAUUUGCUUAAA